UUCAUGGUUCAAAAACGCCAAAAAAAAGAAAAAUCUCCUCGCCAGACCGAACUUGAAAACGCCACAAGUGGCAAAAUCUGGCGGAACCAACAGCCAUCUGGCAGCACUGACUGACUGACUGACUGACUGACUGACAAACAGACAGACUUACGGUCUUGGAGAGGAACCGAGCGAACCGAGGACGAGAGAACGACGGCUAGGAGGAGAAGGAAAAGAAGAAGUCCAGCGGAGACCAGAACGAGAAGACGAAGGAACCGCCAGAUCCCGAGGAGGAACGAGAGGAACGAGACGACGAACUGUGCCAGCCGGCCAGCCAGCCAGCCAGCCAGCCAGCCAGCGAGCGAGCGAGCCACCCCACUCAGCCAGGCAGCCAGUCAAGGAUGGCAAGGGCGAUCCAACGAACGAGCGAGCGCAGACAAUCUCAUCCCGAGAACCCCCUCCCAAUUACGAUUCGUCUCAGCGGGUGACCAAGGAGGAUCAGCAUUUGGGUGGUGUCGCCUUUUUCCCGCCCCUUGGCCCGCCUUCUCGCAUCGCCAGUCUGUCAGUGACCCCUGAGUCAAGGAGUGAGUGAGUGAAUGAGUGAGGACCUGUCGUGGCCCAAGCCUAGUCCUUGUUCCUAAGUGCGUACCGGUGCUAAGUGGGCGGUGCUUGAGGGAUCUAGGGCCGGAGUGACAAGCCUCUGUUUUUGGCCUCUCCCUACCAGCCAGCCAAGCAUCCAUACCCUGUGACUGUUGACUUGAGGCCUGGUUUACUGACCUCUUAGAGGAGUGGCUCCUACGUCCUCCGUCCCACGUCCUACUCCUUGAUCAUUGAUUGGGGGCCUCUCUCUCUCUCUCUCUCUCUGACUGGGCUGAACCAUUGAACCGCGGUGGUUCAGUCCGAGACAGACUGUCCGGCUCAAUCCGGUGGGCGGGCGGGUGGGCCAGUGAACGCACUUGAGAGACCCGAUCAUUGCUGAUAAGUGGGCCUGGCCCAGGUGAUCCCUGUUUCGUGAUCGUGCGAUCCAUGUGGUGGAAGACGAAAGGCAGGUUGAGGGCCGGAUAGCCAUUAACUUCGGCCGUGGCCCUGUCCAGCCUGUCCAGGCUCGAUUGCUGAGCCAGUUACACUCACCAAGGGUGUGGGUUGGAUUGACUUAUCAGUCAGAUACGCCCAUUGUUUUGCACCAUGUCAAGCGGCAAGAAACAAGGCACGAGAGUCUUCAAAAAGGGCUCGCCCAAUGGAAAAAUCACGGUCUACUUGGGCCGCCGAGACUUCGUGGACCAUAUCAGUCAUGUGGAUCCCAUAGAUGGUGUGGUCUUGGUGGAUCCCGAAUACUUGAAGGACCGCAAAGUGUAUGGCCAUGUGUUGGCUGCCUUCCGUUAUGGUCGAGAAGACCUGGAUGUAUUAGGACUGACCUUUCGUAAAGACCUCUACUUAGCUUCGGCCCAAAUCUACCCGCUAGAAGAAAAACAAAAGCGGCCUUUAACGCGGUUACAGGAACGACUGAUCAAAAAACUAGGCGAUCAUGCCUAUCCGUUCUUUUUUGAACUUCCCCCUCAUUGUCCGGCUAGUGUCACGCUUCAGCCUGCCCCCGGUGAUACGGGCAAACCCUGCGGCAUAGAUUAUGAACUCAAGGCAUUUGUGGGUGAGACGGCGGAGGACAAGCCUCACAAGAGGAACUCAGUGCGUUUGGCCAUCCGGAAAGUGAUGUAUGCGCCUAGUAAACCCGGAGAACAGCCAUCCGUAGAAGUCAGCAAGGAAUUUAUGAUGUCUCCGAGUAAAUUGCAUUUGGAAGUUUCUCUAGACAAAGAAUUGUACUACCACGGUGAGACGAUUUCCGUCAACGUUCAUAUUCAAAACAAUUCGAACAAGGCCGUCAAGAAGAUCAAGGUGUCGGUGAGACAGUUUGCCGACAUAUGUCUCUUUUCAACAGCACAAUACAAAUGCACCGUGUCCGAAAUUGAAAGCGAAGAUGGCUUUCCGCUUGGCUCGGGAUCCACGUUGAACAAGGUGUACACAAUGGUACCACUCUUGGCCAACAACAAAGACAAGUGGGGCCUGGCCCUUGAUGGACAACUUAAGCACGAAGAUACCAACUUGGCUUCUUCGACUCUAGUCACGGAUAUGGCCCAAAAAGAAAACUUGGGCAUAUUAGUCCAAUACAAGGUGAAGGUGAAGCUCUUCUUGGGGUCCUUGAGUGGCGAAUUGGUGGCUGAACUUCCGUUUACGCUCAUGCAUCCUAAACCGGACGAUACAGACCGUCCUUCAUCUUCCUCCGGAUCCCACAAAUCCACAGACCUAAGCGCUAAGGAAAAUGGCGAGAACAAUGACCCGGCCAUUGACACCAAUCUAAUACAGCUUGAUACUGAUGUUACGGCGUGUUACGCAGACCAAGAUGAUGACAUCAUCUUUGAGGAUUUUGCCCGUCUAAGACUAAAAGGAGAAACCGAGGCAUGAUAAAAAGCAAGUUGGGAACUAGCCAGAUCUUCAAAUGCUUCAGUACAAGGCAAAGAUUCAUAUGUUACAUAAUAGCCAAUCGUGUUGUUAAAAAUGAUGAUCCAGGCGACGAUGGAACGUCAUCCGCAUCAAUCAUCAUAACAAGAGAUAAUCAGACCUAAGAAACCAAGAAAGCGUGCUACCUAGCAUUUUUCCUUCUCCCUUUCUUCCCUUUCUCUGUUCAGCCACUUAUCAUUUGGAAACUUUGUCCCAUUACAAUUUAGCAACAUCAAAACGGGUGUUUUAUAGUGCGUGGAAUCGUGCUAGCAAAAUAGGAAAUGGAGACUCCGACUAUUGAGGAAGAAUUUUCCCGCCAGAAAAUCGCGUUGCAUUUAGGCAUCUUCUGGGCGUCUUCACGGACCCAAAUAUCCCAAUUGGACGUUUCAGAGACUUUCUGGUUUUUCUAUUCCUCGGUUUCCCGUUCUCCCUGUCUCUCCUGCACUCUUUUCUCCGUCUCUUUCUAUAUAUAGAUCAAAACUAUAUAUUUCCAUGCAGUUUGUUAUACUACGCAAAAUCAGGAGAAUUCGGCCUGACCAUAAAACAAUCAUAAUAUCCUAUAAUACCGCCAAACCCCUAUUGUCAUUGUUGUUAACAGCAACAUUUACAAAUGCCAAUCAAACCACCAAUAUUUAUCCAUGUUUUGUACAUGAAACCAACACAACUUACCGCAGCAUCUGAUCCUCCCUCCUCAACUACCACUAGUCCGAUCAUAGCCCAUCUGGAUGUACUUUAUUGUCGGAAUACAUGUCUAAUUGAACACCAAAUGAAAAAGCCAUCCUCCCCUCUACGAAAAUUAAAUUUAUACCCCACCCCCCUCAUAUUUGUCGGGCCAACAAUUUACAAUGUAACAUUUCUGAUUCAGUCUUUGCCAUAUUUAUCAAGAUCAUUAUUGUUUCUAUGAUAUACUACCUACAAGCGUCAUCAUUUGAUUGUAUUUUUGCUCGAAUUGCUUCGGUUUCCAAUCUGAUUAGGCCUGGUCCUUUCACUGAUUUGCCAAUAAAGUUCUACCUUACUGUC